AUGUGUACCAAACAGUUUAAUGGGGAGUAUGGGUGUGGGUUAUGCCUUCAUCCGGGUAAGUCGAUCGCAAAAGGCCGUGGAUUUACUCGAGUGUAUCCUGUCGUCAACGGCAAAUUUUUUGGUGAAGGGCUGCGAAGUCAUGAACAAACAUUGAUUCAUGCUGAAGCAAAAACUAAGGAAGACAAAAAAGGGAUUAAAAGAAAGUCAGCUCUAUGCGACAUACCAAACUACGACAUUGUUAAUAACCUCGAUGUAGACUGGAUGCACUGCGUUGCACUGGGUGUUUCUCGGCAAUUCGCGAAUCUGUGGUUUGAUUCAACAAACUCUAACGAAAAGUUCUAUUUUGGAGACAUUAUAGAUCAAUUUGAUGCCCUUAUAUUGUCCCUUUCACCAACGAGUGAUUUCACAAGAAUACCAAAAGGUCUAAAGGAUCGAGUUCAUAUGAAAGCUCAUGAAUGGGUAGUUUCCCUUCUUGCUUACAGUUUACCUGUCAUGAAAAUGUGCUUUCCUAUUAAAUACGUUAAGCAUUGGGCUUUGUUAGUUGACGGCAUUUCAAUUCUAACCAAGAAAUCAAUAAUGAAGUCAGAGUUGGUUUAUGCUGAUCAAUGCUUGAAGGAAUUCAUCCGCGAAGUCGAGUCACUUUAUGGAGAGAAGUAUCUUUCCUUUAAUGUUCAUCUUUUGGCACAUUUGGCUGAGAGUGUUGAGAAUUGGGGACCUCUGUUUACCCACAGUGUACAAUUGAUAGACUUUAUAAUCUGUGCCAGAAUGAUUUAA